AUGCUGUCCACAGUGCUGAACAUCAUCAUCUUCGAGGACUGUAGGAACCAGUGGUCCAUGUCUCGACCUCUGUUAGGCCUCAUCCUGCUCAACGAGAAGUAUUUUGCUGACCUGAGGAACAGCAUCGUCAACAGUCAGCCUCCAGAGAAGCAGCAAGCCAUGCACUUAUGUUUCGAGAACUUGAUGGAGGGAAUCGAGAGAAAUCUACUAACAAAGAACCGGGACAGGUUUACUCAGAACCUGUCCGUGUUCAGAAGGGAAGUCAACGACAGCAUGAAGAACUCAACAUACGGCGUCAACAGCAACGACAUGAUGAGCUGACAUUCCACACAGAGGAGUCUUAUCCAGCUGCAGACAGAGCUCACCCCUCCCUCGCUCAUCCACAGCCUCCCUCCCUCCCCCCUCUCUGCAUCAGCCUCCCCCCUCCCUCCCUGGGCCCGGAUGCCUGGGGAUCAUCUCCUCCCCCCGACACGACGUACGGGAUCGUUGAUGAAAUUCAGCGAAUAAACCGCCGUGCGUUGCACCUCCCUCCCUCCCCCCCUCCCUUCUUGCUCCUUUUUGAUAUAAACAUAUAUAAAUAUAUACAGAUCUAUUUUAAAGCGAUGGUCUGACUCGUCUGGCUGUCCUAACAGUGGAGGUGGGGGGGGGGGUCGCAUGUCUAAGCACUCUAAAUCACUCGCAGAGGAAGGAGGGGGGAGUGCUGUGGAUGUGGAAGGAGGCGAGGAAGGGGACGAACACCGGUAAACGUAGUAAUCCGCUUCUGCCUGCCUUGUAUAGAAAAACACACAGAAAAACCAAGUGUACAUUUUUUUUCGUAACAUUUUGAACAAUGUUUAUAAUGAUUGAAUUUAAAAACACAAAGAAGAGUUGAGGAAAAACAAAAAAAACUAAACAAAAAACGGUGUGAUUGAGCUUUUUACAGUGUAGUGAGUUAGUGCAGCUGUCUGUCUGCGUGGGUGGGGAGCGAGCUUUCCACAGGAGCGGGAGGACGGGUGAGGUCUGGGAGCGGGAGCGGGGGUGAGGGUGAGUGUUUGGGUGAGGGUGGGGGGGUGAACUGAGCUGCAGGGUGGCCACGGGAGCACUUAGGCUGCGGAGUUGUCACGAUGACGAGGAAGAAGAGGUACACACACUAACAGAGAGGGAGAGUCAGAGCAUCCAUGUUGUACAUUUCACUGAAGUCUCUGGUUGAAGUGAUGUAAAUAGCCACGCCCCCUUCGCGGCAGCAGGCUCGGCGGCCUGGAAAGGGACAACGCUGCUGUUUUUCAACCGGUACUCGUCUUUGUGUCCGUUCUGACUCGGUGUCACAAACUGCUAAACGUCUGUCGGCUUCAAAAGCUUCCAGAUAGACUUUUUAGAGAAAUCAUUUUGAGCGGGAGCUGAAACAGUUAAUCGAUUGAAAGAGAACUCCUCAGAUUUAUCUUGUUUUUAUAAAAACGAUCAAAAUCAAUGCAGCAGAAGCCUUUUUUUUUGUUUUUUUUAUUCCACACAUUCUUCUUCUGUGUCACAACCUGCUGCCUACAUUUCCCACAGUGCAACUCAGCGUCUGAUAGCAGGAGCAGCUACAGACGUCCACACCAACAGAUUCUUUUCAGUUUCAGACUCGUCGUCGUCACUCUUCUCUCACAGCUCCCUCUGAGACACUAAAGCCCUGAUGCUACUUUAAACCGUCUGCAGCAGAAAUCCCCGACACCCGGAAACACACUGAGGGGGGAAAUCACUGGAGUUCAUCUUUAAUCGAUUAGUUGAUUAAAAGGAAGUUGUCUCCUGAUUCGAUAAACUAAUUUAUUGAUUCAGUCGCUUUUCAAGCAAAAGUUCAGCCGUUAGGUUUGUUUUCUUUUUCUUACAGACGGUGAACUGAAUAUCUUUGAGUUUUGGACUGACAAAAACAAGACCUCGGACUCUGGGAACCUAGUGGUGUUUUUCAGACAUGUUCCAGACUAAAGUUAUCCAGUAACUCAAGAAAUGAAGCCAAGAGGCCUGAAUCAUCUGAAACGCUUCUGACUUUCUGAAGUAAACACACAAAGUUACCUGCAGUAAUAAUAUUUACUAAUUUCUGGAAUUAGCCUAAUUAAUUAAAAAACAAUUCUAAAUUGAUCCUUUUUUCAGUAAAGCUAAAAAACACCAUCAUAAUGUCCCAGAGCAAAAGGAGGAUUAAAAUGUCUCGUUUCGAUCGACCAAAACCCAAAGAGAUAAACUUUAUAAACACGUGUGACACACGGACGCAGCGUUUGAGAAGCUGGAACCAGAGAACGUUUGGAGCUUGAGUUUGUUUCGGGGGCUCGAGGUUGGAAAACACCAGGUUUCCUUUCCCGCCGUCCCGUCUCCUCACAGCAUAGCCAGGCGGCAGCGGCGUGCCGUCAGCCAUCGUGCGUACACGCUUGUCUCCCUGUGACGACCGGCGUGUAAACAACAUGGUCACGGCUUCACACCCCCCCUCUGGCAGGCCGGGUGCAGUUUGACCAUUUUGUUUACACUCUGGAUUCCUCAGACCAGGUUUUGGGACUGCCCCCUUUAGGUCCAGCAGCGGGGUCAUUUUUGUGUGUGUGUGUGUGGCUCUCUGUUGCCUGGUGUGUGUGUGUGUGUGCGUGUGUGUGUGUGUGUGUGGCGUUGUCAUGGUGCUGCAAACCCAAGAUGGCGCUCAAACAGCCGAGGUCUGGGCCACCUUUAUAGGAGUGAGAGAUGAUGAUGAUGAAGAUGGGGGGACAGUAGACCCGUUCAGCGCUCCCUGAAGGAACCGUUCGGUCUGAAGGACCUGCAGAACGCUGCGUGGACCUUCGGCUCGUCAGAACCGUGUACAAAGAGACGCCGGCGUUGAGUCUAUUAGCAACUUGUGUUCCUCUCUACGAUGUUGCUGCUAACUGUUUGUGACAACUAGCUCAUUUCUAACCUGUCAGCACUCAUGGAUGUUCAUGGAGUUUCUCAGUUUUGGUUUGUGUCCCUGAUGUGAAUGUGCUGGGUCCAUAGAGUGAGUAGCUGUUUGAGUUGUUUGGAUGUCUGCUACAUAUAGUGUAAGCAUUGUGACUGCAAAUAAACCUCAUUGAUUUUUACCUCCA